GAGACCUAACAUUUGUCUUUAACAGAUGUAUUUUCCAAUGAGGUCUUUAGAUGGAAUUAUUUUGCUAUAAAAAUCGUAUUGUCCAAGUUACGUAAUGUUAAACAAUGCGAUGUUUGUUUAAAAGCAUCGUUUUAGACAUUUUCUGUUCGACCAUUUGUACGGUUUACUUCAUGACAAUGAGGCUUCCGGCGGAUGAAGGAAUAAUGACUUGAUCGUAACGAAAUCCAUGCCACAUCGCGUGUUACGAAAUGGGAUCUGUCAAACAGAUUUCGUCAAGCAAUUUGUGGCUACGAGAAUACGAGAACAAAGGUUUGUUGUAACGUGGAUAGCAAUACUGUGAACACAAUUUUCACUCGAAAGGAUGGUGCAUCUUUCACGAGGUCGAACUUGACUCCUGAAUGUGGUAACAGUCCCGCGCGCGGGGAUGGUAAUUCUAUGGGAACGUAUCCUUUCGUAGCAAGAAUUGGAUUUAUAAGUAAUAUAGGUGAAAUGAAGUAUCCUUGCAAUGGUGUAAUUCUAAAUCAGCGCACGAUAUUGACUACCGCGAGUUGUGCUCUUGCAAAGUCUAGAAAUUAUAAAUUGAAUUCUGUGGUCGUUGGUGAGUUUAAUAUUGAUACUGUUUCUGAUAGUAAUAUACAAAAACUUAAUAUAUCCUAUGUGAUAAAACAUCCUAAUUACCAAACAGAAACUUUUGCGAAUAAUAUAGCAAUGUUACACUUGAAAGAAUCAAUACAGUAUACUGUAAUAGCUCAACCUGUCUGUUUUUUACCAAGAGAUGGAUACAUAAAUGUAGGAAUGAAUGCUAUUCUUGUUGGAUGGGGUGAACUGGCAAACCAAAGAAUUUCUAUUGAAGUGAGAUCUUGUAAGCAACAACAUUUGGAAAUGAAGAUUGUAUCAACCGAAGAAUGCAAGAAUUACUAUGCUCGAGGAUUAAUUGUUGAACUGUGUACUAUAGGGGAUGAAAUGCCAUGUUCAGGAUAUAAUGGAAGUCCUCUUAUACUUAAACAUGGCAACAUGAAUUUUUUGUUAGGUAUUUUGUCAUACGGAUCCAACUGCAACAUGACCACCAACUUUCCAUCAGUCUUUGUUAAUGUACAGAAAUAUACAAGGUGGAUUCUGGAAAAUUGUUAACUAUUAAUUAAAGGUAUAAGCUUACGAUGUAACUGGUUUAUGUCAUCUGGAGUGAGACCAGCAGCCCAAGAAGAUGGCUCUGUUUGAGGGGAAUU